AUGCCAGAAGAUAUCGCACGGCGAGAGAUAAACCGCCUGGCCAAUCUCACUCCGCACCCGACCAUAACAACCUCUUGCUUCACCCUCAAUGAAUGGGAUCCCUUAAAAGGAGCCGUAGACUUAGACGAACCAGAAGAGCUGAUGGCACGCUCCCUCCUCCUAGGAAUCUUGCAUCGUGCCAUUGGGGAAUACGAAGGAUCGAACUCGUUCCUGACAGAGACACUUGCAGGUCGAGAUAAGCUUUCAUCGUCAAAUUGGAUCGUGUCGACUACACUGUUCGAGUUGGCCACGCUGGACCUGGUGCAAGCAGAGGCUCGCUGGCCAACGCGUAUAGGAGACACUGAGACAAAAGAGCAGCAGCCGAUUGAUGCCAAGGUCAAGGAGGAGUGGAAGAAGGUGUUGGCAACUGCAACUUUGAGGUUGGAUGAGGCGUCUCGUUUGGUCUCUGAUUCUUCAUCGUCACUGUCGAAUAGGGUAGAAAGUCGAGCGGGCAUGCUACGGGAUGAAAUGGGAUAUAAAAAGGCAGAGUUGGGGAUAUAA